UACUUGUACAGUUGCAGUGUUUCAGGCCAAUGCGACUGUGACUUGUGAGCCACUAUUCACCAACACUAUUCUUUCGGUCAAUUUAUCACCGGUCGCAUCUUUAAAAACUAUUGUCCGUUUUAUUUUGUGAACUACCUAUUCGUCCGUCAAAAGUCGCAGCAGAUCCGACCAUAUUUUUCUAUUUUCCAGGGUUUCUGAUCGUUUAAGCUAUGGAGUCGUUGAUUCAAACAAUUAAUAAACUGCAAGAUGUGUUUGCUGUGGUCAAUGAUAAUCCAAUUGAUUUACCUCAGAUUGUCGUUGUUGGGUCCCAAAGCUCUGGUAAGAGUUCAGUUCUUGAGAGUUUGGUGGGCAAAUCUUUUUUGCCACGAGGAACAGGCAUUGUAACUCGUGCUCCUUUAAUUCUACAAAUGAUUAAGUAUACCAAAGAAGAUAUGGAAUCCAUGUUAAAAAUAACAAAUAGUACAAAUAUUAAAGAAUGGGCUUGUUUUUCACAUAAAGAAAACAUUGUGUUUCAUGAUUUUGAUGAAGUAAGAAAAGAAAUAGAGGUACAAACCGACAUUUUGGCUGGUGAAAAUAAGGGAAUUACCGACACGCCAAUAGUGUUAAAAGUUUAUACCCCCUUGUACACUCUAACGUUUGUUGAUUUGCCUGGAAUCACUAAAUUACCCGUUGGUAAUCAACCAACAGACAUUGAAGAACAAAUCCUACAACUGAUAUUAAAAUAUGUUCGACAGCCAAACGCUAUAAUCUUAGCCGUGGUCACUGCUAAUACAGAUCCUGCGACCUCAGAAAGUCUGAAAAUAGCUAAACAAUGGGAUCCUGAAGGUGCAAGGACAAUUGCCGUGGUUACCAAGUUGGAUAUUAUUGAUAAAGGUACCAAGAGCGAUAAAGUUGAUCUUCUUUGUGGUAAAGUAAUUCCAGUAAAACUUGGUAUUAUUGGUGUGGUUAAUAGGUCUCAAAAAGAUCUAAUCGAGAAUAAGACAUUAGAGGAGACCCUAAAAAAUGAAACAGAGUUUUUUAGAACUAAUUAUCCAGAUAUUUGUAAAAAGCAUGGAAACAAAGUAUUGGCUGAUACACUACAACAUAUAUUAAUUAAACAUAUUAAAAAAACCAUUCCAAUCUUGCGCAAAAACUUACAAGAUACCAAAACAAGACUUGAAAGUGAAUUAAAAACAUUGGAAAUAGCUGACUGCGAAAAAACAUUUGUACUAGAAUUAUUAAAUGACAUUAACAAAUCAUACUGUGAAACCGUAACCGGAGAUAGAAAAGAUACAUCAGAUCAAAUGCUAAUAGGUGGUGCAAAAAUUGUAAAUAUUAUACAAGAUAACUUUUAUAAAAAAUUCAUGGAGGUGGAUCCGUUGGAUAAUUUGAGUGAUAAACAAAUAGAAAAUUACUUAUUAAAUACUUCUGGUAUUAAAAAAAGUUCACUAGUGAAUCACAAGGCAUUGGAAAUUAUGGUAAGCAAACAAUUGGAAAAUCUCAUUGAGCCAGCUUUAUCAUUUGUGGACGUUGUGCGUGAAGAAAUGUUUAACAUUCUUGAUUCAAUUGAUCAAAAAUUGUUGGAUGACCUUGAAAGAUUUCCAAAACUAAAAAAUGAUGUAAGAAGCACCCUAGACGACUUAUUGGAGAUUAAAUUAAAGAAUAUUAAAAAAUCUAUAAAAUCUUACAUUAAAACACAUCAGAAAAUCUUAAAUACAACUAACCCCAAUUACCUUUUAGAAUUGAUUAAUUCAUCAACCGAGUGCCAUUCAUCUUUUAUCCAAAAUAAAGGACAAUAUUAUAGUAAUAUUUUUUCAAAUAAAUCAACUUCCAAUGUCUAUUCUGAAUUCGAAAAUAUAGAAAAAGAAAUUGUACAUAACAUGUACACAAAUAUAUUAUCUAGUAUGGGUGGUUUAAAUGAUUAUAAAAAUGAAAUUAAUGUACAAGUAAAAUUACACAAACAAUUUACACGUUGCUACUUUGAAUUCACCAGGAAUACUUUAAGAGAUUUUGUGCCAAACCGUAUUAACCAUAAAUUGGUUAACUUUGUUCUGAAAAAAUUUGACAAAAAAUUAAAGGCAGAUGUGUUUAUGCCAUUUACCAACAAUCCGUCUUCUGGUAGAAUGCUCGUUGAAAAAGUAGGUGUUGCAGAAGAAAGACAACGUAAAGAGCAAUUGUUAAAUGCUGUUAAUAAAGCUUUUAAAAGUUUGAAUGAAAUUCAAAGGCAAUGAGUUUCAUUUUUCAAAAUAAAUUUUAUUUUAAUAUUUCAUAAGAUAAGUAAAAAAUGUGUUAAAUGAAAGGUCUUAAUUCGUAUUAUAUUAAACUAAUGGCUUAAUAUAAAUAUUAUAUAUUAAUUAUUAAAUCACCUAUCAAGUACUGCAACCUUCUUAAUAAAGGUAUUAUUAGGUAUACUUUUUUUCAAAUUGUAUGAUAAAAGUAAAAUUAUGCAUACCAGUA